AUGUACGAUCAAUCGCAAAGGCAAGAGCUGAUUGAGUUCAGGAAUUAUGUUAGAUAAGUGACUUAGGCAAAAAUUAAUAACACUUAAGAAAAAUCUCCAAGUGGGAAGAAUUCGACAAAAUAAUUGUCGUUUAUUUUGAAGAGCACUCAACUAAGACAGAGCGUCUAAGAACCUAUUAAGAGUUAUCAAAAUAUGAAAACCAGUUUUGAUCAAUCUUAUAUCUAAAGAUCCACAUCUCAACCAUAUGUUCAAUUUGAUGCCAAUUGUUGGAAGGAAAAUCAGAACUCUUUUAUGAAGAUUAAAAACGAAGGUUAUGUGAGUGUUUCUGAUUUGAUUAAAAUCAGUAAUGGUCUAGGUUAAAUGUCCAAAAAGGAUAUACGAGAUUUGAGUUCCAAUUAUUUGCAUUCCUUACACGAAUUGGACUAGACACUCAGUACAUUACUUAAAAGAAUAGAUUGA